UGCUUGAUUUUGGAUUUAGACCAUAAGUGACAUACACCUUAUGUGUGAUCAGUGCAAUGCUUUUACAACAUUGUACUUUUUAUUAGGCAUUAUGAGGUUUUAGUAAGGCUGUAAACAACGAAUUAAGAAAUGUUGGCAGUAUUACAACUAAGGAUAUGAGAAACAGGUCAUGGUAGAAUAGUCAGCUGAAAGCUGCAUAUAUGACAUGACCCUGCACGUCUGUAGGUUUGCUCACUCCUAUCCUUGUCUUACAGUAGCACACAUGUCUCUCUUUAUACAACUGCAAUCCAGCCCAUGGUAAACUCUCAGUCUGGAGGCUAGCAACCAACUAUUAGCAAGGAAAUGAGAACCAGCCAGAUUGUUAAAUAUUCGCUGUUUGUGUCCUGCUAUAUUUUUUGGGUGGCUAGUGGUCUCAUGAUUGCUGUUGGACUUUAUGCUAAACUAUGCAAAGAGACAGGUGUUGUGGACACCCUAACAACCGAUCCGGCCAUAAUAUUAAUUGUGGUGGGAAUGCUGAUGUUUGCCAUUACCUUUCUAGGAUGUAUGGGAGCACUGAGGGAUUUGCAUAUAUUACUAAAAAUCUUUGCUGCUAUGCUUCUGCUGGUCUUAAUUCUUCAGCUUGUUGCAGCCAUUCUUGGCUUUAUAUUCUCAGGAAUGGUUUUAGAAAAAGCCUCUAAUGUAAUGUCCAAGGCAAUCAUCCGUUAUCGGGAAGAUGCAGAUUUAGAAAACUUUAUCGAUUAUAUCCAGAAAAAGUUUGAAUGCUGUGGAGUGAAUAGCUACACAGACUGGUCUCUGAACAUAUACUUCUACUGUAUAGAAACCAACCCAAGUCUGGAAAGAUGUGGGGUUCCAUACUCUUGUUGCAUCAGAGAAGAAGGGCAGACUGUCAUAAAUACAAUGUGUGGAUAUGGGACACAGAAUCUCAAGAGGUGGCAUGUGGAACAUCAGAUCUUCGUGGAUGGGUGCCUGAAUAAGAUUGUAAGCUGGGGUAGAAGAAAUUUGUUGUUCCUGGGAGGCAUUGCAAUGGGACUCAUCCUUCUAGAGAUCCUGGUGACCUGUCUGGCUUUUGUGCAAAUCUACCAGAUCAAUUUCAUAAUGGAAAGAAAAAAAAGCAUGGCUACGGAGAUAUCUAGUGGAACACGGCAAAACAGAGAAGAGUUUGUUCCAACUUCCACAGAUGGAGCAGAUACAGAUGGACUGUGAAUAACCAGGCAUGGUCAUCAAGAACUUGUUUUUCAAUCAUGACCUACUUAGGAACAGAACCGUGGGCCAUAUUCUUGUACAUUUUCGGCGGGCGGCGCGUAAGCCAUUUACACUACGCCGCCCCAACCUACAGGAGCA